UUUUAAUAACAUAAAAUUGUAUAAAAAUGGGAAAAAUAAAUGGCAAAAUUGAGAAUUCUUGUUUUCCAUAAAGAGCAUUAACUUUUGUUUCAUUAUUGUCUGAUGUCUGGUUUCUCUGGCUACGAACUCUGGUCAAAUUGACUAUGACUAUUGAGAACCUCACGUGUCCCCGUAAAGCAAUAUUUUAUUAGGUACUUUUUCACCUUUAACGGCAAAGAUCUGACCGGAGUAUUUACAACUAGGUGCACUUGAUGUAGUGGAAUAUUUUAUUUGAGAAAUAAUUUAUGUCACGCGCGGGGUUUAGUGAGUCAGGGGAGAAGUAAGCGCGGUUAACGAAGCAGCUCGGUUCCAGAUUUUUGCGGUAUAAAGAAAUAAUGGUAAGGGAUAAAUUUUAUGUUUUCUAUCGAAUAGUACUAUUUAAUUUGUAAUUGUCUUAGAGUUAUAUGGGUGUCAUCAUAGUAUAUAUGGCAGACAACCCUUUGUGAAAUUCAAAACUAACGCAUACAAUGUUAUGCACUGCAAGGGAUUGAUUUCUUUGUGCUCCACCCUUAAUAAUGAAAUGCUAUUUUUAAAAUAAAAAACUCCAGUUACCAACUUCAGGCAUUUGUAAAAUUAUGAGCAUAUAGUAAAAAAUAAGAAUGCAUAAAAUAAAAUAGAAAAUAUUUUGAAUUGUAUUAAUUUUAAUAAAAUGAAAUGAUCUAAAUAUCGUAUAAAUUUAAUUGAACAUUACAAACCAGUAAUAUGGUAACGAUAAAUUUAAUGAACUUAAAAACAUUAACUGUAUUUAACAAAACAAAUAACAAUAUAUUUUGGCAAGGUAUGUGAACAAAUCACAAAAGAAUAUUCAUAAAAUUAUAGUUGACCAUAACAAAAAUAUGAGGAUCUACCACAUCCAAUGGGAGUAACCUUUGGUUUGUUAAAAAAAUAUUGAAUAAGAUCUUAAAUAACAAUUUGUUAAGCAAAAUAAGGAAACAAAUUAAUUACCCUUAUUAUAUUUCCUGCUAAACCCGAUUUCAAAAACAGAACCCGAAAAGAAAGAAACAUAAUUACAAAAGUUGUUUUUCUCUUCUCCGAUUUUUGUUUAAUAAAUGCUCAUUACAAGACAAAAGCAUAUACUAAAAUCUCCAAACAAAACCCACUACUCUCCCACAAUAAAAAGAGCCUCUUCUCCUUCUUCAAAAUCUCUCUCUCCCUUCCUCCCUCAAAAAGAAAGAACCUUUUCAAUCUCGCCAUGGAUCCUGGAGAUCCCACUUCGAUACUCUUCACAAAGAUCAGAACUUUAGAACCAGACUUCGCCUCCAAGAUCAUUGGCUACUUGCUCUUACAAGACUUGGGUAACACAGACUUGAUGCGUCUCGCUCUAGGACCCGACACUCUCUUACACUCGGUCUGUCUCAAGGCUAAAUCCGCUUUGGGUCUCUCCUCAAACGGAUCUUCUUCUUCUUCUAUCUCCAGACCCAUUAACAUCCACCGUCAUUCCCCCAGGACGAAUGGGUUUAUGGAGUUCUCGAGAAACCCUCUGUCUCCUUCGGUGAACGCCAACGUGGGUUCGAGCCAGUUUCAAGAAAGUUCGUCUCUUUUCGCUUCAGAUGGUGGAAACGGCGACGUACUCGAUGAGCAGCAACUCGGUGACUACUUGUCCUUUCUCAACAACAACGACGAAUCUGCGGAUCUGUUCGACAAUGGCGAUGCCCAUUUGCACAAGAGGAGUUUCUCAGCGAGUGAUGUUUGUGAGACCGGGUUUGGCGGCGGCGGCGGUUACAGUCGGUUUGCUCACGGUGGUGGUUUAGGGGAUGAUUUUGAUUCUCUUCCUGGUGGGUUUGGCUCGCCGGAUUACGUGAGCAGACAGCAAGAGGAGAUAGCGAGGAUGAAACUUGCUCAGCGGCAGAGAAUGGCCGCUGCUCAGUUCUUGGCGGCUAGUGGCGGUUCUCCAAUGUCGUAUGAUAGUAAAGAUAUUAACUUUCUCUUGCAUUCGCGUAACGGGUACAGAUCAGGACAGUUUGGGGAUGAGGGUUACUGGUUCGGUAGUCCAGGGAGACAUGAAAGGGAUGAGUUUAUGGGGAUGAUGGGAGAUAAGUCCAACUCUGCAUCUAAACAGAUUUACUUGACGUUUCCAGCUGAUAGUUCCUUCACAGAUGAAGAUGUCUCCAACUACUUUGGAAAUUUUGGAGGAGUGCAAGAUGUUAGGAUACCAUACCAGCAGAAACGGAUGUUUGGGUUUGUCACUUUUGUCCACUCUGAAACUGUGAGAACCAUAUUGGCUAGAGGAAACCCUCAUUUCAUCUGCGACUCGCGUGUGCUCGUCAAACCCUACAAGGAGAAAGGAAGAAUCCUUGAAAAUAGGAGGCAGCAGCAACAAUUGCUGCAGCAGAUGGAGAGAGGGAACUUUUCUCCUGGUUCAAGUCCAUCUGGAUUGGAUCUCUUUGAUUGCCACCUCGCAGCGCCGAGGAUGUUCUCUAACACACAGGAGAUGAUGAUGAGGAGAAAAGCUGAGGAAGCUGAGCUGCAACAAGCAUUUGAAUUCCAAAGGAGAAGGUUGCUUAAUCUGCAUUUGCCAGACAUGGAUAGCGAGUUGUUUCACCAUCACCAGCGCAGUCUCUCCAUUGGCUCUCCUGUUCAUUUCCCCUCUCGCAGUGCUAAUCAAAGCAUGCUCUUUCGAUCUGAAAACUCUGGUGAAGAAGUCAUACAAGCAGGUAAUGGUGUUUCAGGGCGUUUUCAGUCUGAAGUAAACCAUGCUUUUCUGACUGAUACUGAUAAUAACAACAGCCAAGAAGGUGGUUACAGUAACCAUCUCAACAACGGGAACGAGACAAGUCUGGAGAACGCUCUGCCUGAUUGCUUCUUUGCUUCCCCAUCAAAGACCGCUGAAACCCAACAGCCGGAGUCUGAGAAAGAGAACUGUGCCACCUCAACAAUUCAAACAUCCUAGCUAUUGGGUCAAUAAUGGCGAAAAAGAAACAAAGUGAAUGCGUGGAAAAGAAAAGCAGAGAGACUGAUAAAAAGGAGGAAGUAGAAGAAUUUUGUAUAUGUAGAAGAAGCUAAAGCCGGUUUUAUAACAUAUGGAACAGAAAGAAAGAUAGGAUUUUUACAUGUCUCGGAAAAAAGGUGGUUGUUGCAAUAGGAUUACAACUUAGUACUAACCUCAGAUAGAGAGCAUCGAUAGGAAGAACGAUACUGCGACUCAAACCUUAAAAAAGUUCUAAGCUUUUGUCUUUUCAUU